AAGGCAGAAUAAGAGAGGGUUCCAAACCUUGCCUUACACCCCGAUUACAAGAAAAGAAACCCUGUGGAGAGCCAUUGACUAAGAUGGGAGAGCUUGGCAGAAUGAAGAAUGGCUUUUAUCCAAGUUUGUCGUGAAAACAAAAUUUGUGGAGCACCAUGCAUAGGAAAGACCAGAAAAGAGUAUCAAAGGCCUUAUAGAUAUCAAUCUUUAGGCCUAGAUUACCAAAAAAAUUCUUCUUAUCCAACAAGUUGAUAUUUUCUGAAACAAUGCCUAUGCAAUCAUGGAUUCUACGCCCUUUGAUAAAAGCUACCUGAUUCUGAGAUACUAUACGAGCAGCAAUGUUGGCUAACCUGUCCGCUAAAAUCUUGGGGAUGAUUUUAAAGACAAAGUUGGCCAUAGCAAUGGGGCGAAACUGAGAAACUGAAUCUGCACCAACAACUUUUGGAAUAAGAGUGAUUAAAUUAGAGUUCAAAUUAGGUGGCAACCAACCUUCUUUGAAGAAAGCCUGAAUACAAAGAACAACAUCCCUACCAACAAUAUCCCAACAUUUUUGGUAGAAUAAACCAGAAUAUCCAUCCGGACCAGGAGCGCUAUUAGGGUUCAAGGAAAAAACUGCCUGCUUGAUUUCAGAAGCUUUAGGAAUGGCAAUGAGAGUAGCAUUUUCCUCAAUAGAAACUAAGUUGGGAAUCACGUCACACAAGGAAAAAUCUGUUUGUAGGGGAAGAAAAAAAUUGAUUAUAUAAAUAAACAGUAUGCUCGACCACUGGAUCCUCCACCAAAGUACCAUCGAUCCUUAAUUAAUAGCAGAUUUAGCUGUUUUAAUUUUAGCAUAGGUAUGGAAGAACUUCGUACACUUGUCUCCUUCCGAGAGCCAUUUAAUUUAAUUCUAGCUCUAUCUCUCCAAAAGAAAAGAGAUUUUGAGCCUUCACUGCAUCUAAGAGGUCUUUUUUGGCUUUCACUUCUUUGUCGAAAAGAGAGGCAUCCAUGCUCAGAAAUUUCUUUUUGGACUUCUGAUCAAAGUAGAGCGGGCAGCAUUGACCUUAUCAUGGAUGUUUCCAAACACAUCAGUAUUCCAUUUGUUAAGGCAUUGUUUCAGAGCCUUUAAUUAGUAAGUGAGAACAUAGAAAGCAUUACCUGGAACAGUCCAGCAAUCUUUAACAAUAUUCAUGAAGUUAUCAUCACUAAACCACAUGGAUUGAAAUCUGAAAGGCUUGGGGCCUGAUAAACUAUUCAUAUUACUGGUAAUAACAAGAGGACUAUGAUCUGAGGCUGCACGAGGAAGCACUGCACUUGAUGAAAUAGGCCAGCAAUCUAACCAUUUAUUAUUACAGAGGGCUCUAUCCAGUCUUAUUUCAAUGUGUCCCACCCAUUUUUCCAAGUAUAUUGAGCCCCUGUGAUAGGCAAAUGCAUGAGAUCUGUGUCAUCGAUCAUAGAUUUAAAUUCAACACAGGAUGUACUAUAGGGCAAACAGCCACCAGAUUUUUCAUGGGCACCUAGUACUGAAGUCUCCAACAACUAGCCAAGCAUCUUGAAUUGUGGAAUGCAAAGUUUUAAGCUCCUGCCAUAAAUCUCUACGCUUUACAUAAUACGUAGAAGCGUAAAUCAUGCUCAGCACACAAGGAUUACUAUCCAAUACCAUAGUAACCGUGACUUGUUGUGAAGAAAAAGAUAGAAUAUUAGGGGCUGGAUAAGAAGAAGAAUGCAGAACCCAUAAUUUAGAAACAGACCUGUCAACAGCUGCUUGACCAACAAAAUUAAGGUUAAGAGAAUUCUACGAUAAGACUUAGUAAGAAUUGAAACAACUAAUGGCGUUUUCGAAACCCUAUAAAGUGAAGUGAGCUAGACGAGACUGAUAAUAAUAAUAACAGAAAGUGGUUUCAUUUAUCUCUCGGCGCGUUGUUCUUCACGGCUUGGAAUAGUAGAAUAAAGAGUGUUGGGGCCAUAAGUAGUUACGGUUUCACAGGGCGUGGAUCAAGGUAGCUGCCAUCCAGAAGUUCCCCGGUUUAUGAGAUAUGAACUCACUCCGUCCGGGUUGGUUGGCAUUCUUAAGUGAUAGUCUAAGCCGUAUAGCUUCGAUCCUCCUUUUGCGUUGGAGGCGGAGGUCGUAGACCAAGAGAUCCUAUGGCACAAGAAAGGGAUAUAAGCCAGCCCUCUUAUAGUUCAGGGACAGAGGAACGGUUAUUAAGCAACAAAUGCCAGCGAAGAAGUAUCGUCACGAGGAUCGACUUUCUUUGGUCUGAUUUUGUGAAGAGUUGAAAAAUCCUUGAUUUUGGACAUAAAUAUCAGGUAUUGAUGAAUGCCUUCCUCUUUUUGAUAGUAGGGCGUCUCAAAGUCCAGUAAGGCGGGCUUGUAGUUCAUUUAUAAGCUAAGCUUGUGAAAAAAGGCCUAAUUACUUAAUGACAAGCAAGAGGCUGAGAAGCGUUCUAAUGGACAAUAUGCAAUAUGAUACAUAUCAGUUAUUGGUUCUGUGGAUGACCCGCCCUGGUAAAAAUGCCUGCCG